CGUGGCAGCCGCUGGAGCCGCGGACGCGGAGCGAGGCCGGCCGCCGGGCACUUCCUGUGGAGGCCGCAGCGGGCGCGGGCGCCGACGCCGACGGGCCGAGCGCCGAGCGACGAGCGAGCGACACGAGCCGAGCCCGCCGCCGCCAUGGGCCAGAACGACCUGAUGGGCACGGCCGAGGACUUCGCCGACCAGUUCCUCCGGGUCACCAAGCAGUACCUGCCGCACGUGGCGCGCCUGUGCCUCAUCAGCACCUUCCUGGAGGACGGCAUCCGCAUGUGGUUCCAGUGGAGCGAGCAGCGGGACUACAUCGACACCACCUGGAGCUGCGGCUACCUGCUGGCCUCGUCCUUCGUCUUCCUCAACCUGCUGGGGCAGCUGACGGGCUGCAUCCUGGUGCUGAGCAGGAACUUCGUGCAGUACGCCUGCUUCGGACUCUUUGGGAUCAUCGCGCUGCAGACGAUCGCCUACAGCAUCCUGUGGGACCUGAAGUUUCUGAUGAGGAACCUGGCGCUGGGAGGAGGCUUGUUGCUGCUCUUGGCGGAGUCCCGCUCUGAAGGGAAGAGCAUGUUUGCGGGUGUCCCCACCAUGCGCGAGAGCUCCCCCAAACAGUACAUGCAGCUCGGGGGCAGGGUCUUGCUGGUCUUGAUGUUCAUGACGCUCCUGCACUUUGACGCCAGCUUCUUUUCGAUCCUCCAGAACAUCGUGGGCACGGCGCUGAUGGUCCUGGUGGCCGUCGGCUUCAAGACCAAGCUGGCCGCCCUGACCCUGGUCGUCUGGCUGUUCGUCAUCAACGUGUACUUCAACGCCUUCUGGACCAUCCCGGUCUACAAGCCCAUGCACGACUUCCUCAAGUACGACUUCUUCCAGACCAUGUCGGUGAUCGGGGGCCUGCUCCUGGUGGUGGCCCUGGGCCCCGGGGGCGUCUCCAUGGACGAGAAGAAGAAGGAGUGGUAACAGGGCCUCGCGCCUGCUGACCGCGGCCGACGAGGACUGGUUCGGGUGGAUUCGAGAAAACUGCCAGCAUUUAUGUUUCCUCCUCCCUCCCUCCCCUGGUAAAGGCACAGAUGUUUUGAGAACUUCACUUGCAGACACCUGAAGUCGAUGGCUGCGUCUGCCCUGGCCCGGGCUGGUUUUGAGCCUCGCGCGGGCGGGGCGCCUGCCCAGGCCGGCCCCGGCUCCUGGGAGCCAGCAGCUCGUCGCUGCUACCUCUCAGUCUUCUUUUAGUUUCUCUUCGUUGGGGGGUGGGGGGCCUUCGAGUGUACUGUGAGCAGAUACAUUUAUGUAUCAUUCAACGCAGUCUCCCUCUUAUUUUUUAAGUUUACGUUUUUAGCUAAAACUACUAAAAGAUUCGGGACGGCCCGGCUGGACACCCGCACUCAGACGCCCGGUGGAGACUCGCGCCAGCGCAGCCCAGUGCUCCCGGCCCGGCCGCCAGGCUGCGUGGGGACGGCAAACGUUGAGAAACCCCAAACCCAAAGACCGAGGGCGGUGCCGGGCGGCCGGGGCUGCUGUCCGCGGCAGGUCAUUCCCGAGUUGGACAGCUGGCUGGGACUGGCGCCCAGUGUUUGACGUGUAGCCUACCUGAGAGCUUUGGCAGCUUGGGGUGGGAGUGAGGGGGUCAGAAAUCUUGGGGAGCCACCUGGCACCCUACCCCUCAUGCCCCGGCUUGCAGCCUGCCUUUGCCACUGACGUGCUUGGGAGGAGCAGCCACCGUCCCGGGCAGUACAGGACCGCAGGCCCAGCUGUUACCUCACUUGGCCUUUCCAGAGCCGCCGACAGCGCAGAGCUCCGCCGGCGAGCGCCACCCUGUCCGUGGCUGGCAGGGCCUCCUCCCAGGCUGGGCGCUCAGCGCCCCAUCUCCACGCGGCCUCCACGGCCUGCUGGUCAAUUUGCCAUGCUGAGCGCAGCCACGAUUACUUUUUACGAUUUGUGAUGCCUUACCGAUUGGAUCUGAAUCCUGUAUUUAAAGUUUUCUAACAUUGCCUUAUACUGCGUUUCUCUUCUUGGGGGUCACGGGGUGAAUGCUGCGUGGGGACUGUGCCUCUAAGGGGCCCCCACGCCCGGCUUUGUGAGUUGCAUCCUUGGAGGUCAGCAGCUGCCUCGCCUCAGAGCUGCUGCUCUGGUCUCAUCAGCCGGGUGCCCCAGACAGGGCCGCCCGGUUUCGCUGGGGGUGUCAGCCAGGGUGAGCUGGGGCGCCCCCAUGGCCCAGGGCUUUGAAAACCUCACCCGGGUGCCCAUCUCGCCCAAGAGGAGCCAUGGUCCCCCUGCCUGACACCCACUUGUGCCCCAGCACGGGGAGCCCCACCCUGGUGCCUGCUCCUGGUCUCCCAAGUAUUUAUAAGGUGAAGAGCUGCUCCAGGUCAGAGGCAGGGGACCGGGCCCCGCCGGCAGCGAAGUGGCCUGCCCGCCGCGCCCUGCCCGCCCGCGUCCUCCCCUUAGCUUGCGCCAGCCCGCAGAGUGGCCUCUGCUCCUGGCUGGUGGCAGCCUCGCCCCGUUCCUGGAGGACCUUUAUUGACCCCAGGAGGCGUGGAGGACCCAGCCGGCGCCGGAGCACUCCGGGCUCCCCGGCCCUGCGUGGGGCUCGUCCAGGGCGGGCGGGCGCCUGGCCCGAGGAGGGGCGCUCCGCCAACUCGGACGCGAGCAAGACGAUUUCUGAAAACUGCUUUAUGUGGGAAAUAGGUAUAAAUCUCCUUUUAUGCUGUAUUUUAUCUUAGUUAUGUUUGAAAACAUUCUGAUUUUGGAAACAUCAAAAUAAACGAUGGCAUUUGUUGUAUUCGGUGCAGUCCCCU